AUGAUUCCAGAAUUUGGACGCGAAGAUGUUCGCCAACGGGGCAAGACCGCUCCGGCAGGUGCUCGCACGCCGGUUUCAAUACGAUACUCUUCGUAUGGGGGCAAAGAGCACGGCUCUGCUGGGUCUACCAACCCUCCGCUGCGUGGGUUCCGGGGCUACUGGAAGAUCUAUUCAGCCCUCGCUGUUCCUGUAAAUCUCAUCCUGCUCUUCGUCUACGAACCGCUGCGAGAUGCUGGCGUAUUCGACGCGGCGGUUAGCUCUACCAUAUUCCGCUUCAUACCGCCAAAGCGAGUCAAGCCUGCGUCCUCUGGUAACGUAGAUGAGAGGCCUCUUUAUCAGCCGAUCACACGGGCGGACGAAAUUCGUCUGAUUGUCCUGGAUCCCGGAGCACCCGGUGACGCGCUCACCUGCCGCCUCAUUAAUGUCCGGCAGUCCUGGAGGACGAGAUACGAGGCCCUGUCGUACACGUGGGGAGACCCGAGCGUCACCCGCCCUUUGAGCUGCUCUGGACACACGAUAGAUAUCACCGUGAGCCUGCACGAUGCCCUGACGGAUCUGCGCCAUCGAAGACGUAGGCGCUUGCUCUGGGUGGACGCCGUCUGCAUCAACCAGACAGACAACGACGAGAAGGGUCAGCAGGUCAAGCUCAUGGGCAGCAUCUACUCCCGUGCCCGCAGGGUGCUCAUCUACCUCGGCAAGAGCGAUGAGGGAGUCGCGGGAGCGGCGAAGGACAUUCGCUGGCUCGACUGGAAAUUCAUGCCGCUGCACAUUCAACGCUACAGCACGAGACUUGCCGCGUUCGGACUUCCCGGGACGUUGAUACACGAGAGACUUCCAAAGAUGAAGCCGAUUCGUAGUGACAAUUUCAAUUGGGGAAAUGUGAUCAACCUCCUGCGUCGUCCGUGGUUCGAGCGCACGUGGAUCAUCCAGGAGGCUAUCCUCGCCAAGCGCGCCUGGGUCAUCUACGGCGACCAAUCUAUUCCAUGGGCAAUGUUGGAGAGGGUCGUCGUAGCGAUGGAUGCCUACAAGGGCUUGGUUGCACCGAUACCAGACUACAAGAUGAUCGAGGAUGCUGCCGCGGGUGUCCAUAUGAUCCGGUCGGCGCGACGAGACCGUCACCAGUUUGUCGUCACGCCGGACAUGCAACUCUUCCUGUGGCUGACACAGAAGUGGAGGAAGCUCAACGAGUACUCGAAACUUCUAGACUUGAUUCUCGACUGUCGCAAGUUCGCAUGUACGAACCCGCGUGACAAGAUCUAUGGGAUGCUGGGUGUGACAAACCAGGAUACUUCCCACGAGCUUCUCCAUCCCAACUACGACCUAUCACCGCAGGAAGUGUAUCGGAACUUUGUCAUGUGGGAUAUCUUGCACAACAAGAGCCUUCGCGUUCUCGGCUGUAGUUGGGAUAAGACCGCCCCGGAGCAGAUAUCGUCGUGGAUUCCUGACUUCACGAGACUAGACAAGUAUCACCACCUCAUGCGCUUGGAGAACCGCGCAAGCUUCCAUGCAGGCGGCGACUCCCAGAUCGCGGCUCGGCUCUCCCCCGACGGCUCAGUGCUGCACCUCAAGGGGAAAGUCGUCGACAGGCUCCAUGUUGUCGGAAAUCACAUGUUGGGUUCCCGCUGGGAAGCAAGCGUGGAUCGCCUUACCUACCUCAUGAUACGAGAAGCCGUGGCGAUAUGGAAGGCAACACAGAAGCGCCUCGAGUCACGUAUUCGCGUGCAUGAGGAUGACGAAGGGCUUGGGAAGAAUGCUUUCGUCCGAGCUUUAGUCGGUGACCGGACGGACUUUGGCCGGAAGGCGACCCUUGUCUUUCUGAACAAUGUCUCUCACAUGGUGCGUGAGAUGGGAAGUUCGAAGGGUGCCGUGGGAAGCUCGCAUAACAGAACGCUUGAAGCAUUCCUUACGAUCGCCAUGUCGAGGCGGUUUGCGGCGACAGAGUUGGGCAUGAUCGGAUAUGUUCCGAAGGCGGCUGUGCCGGGCGACCUUGUUGUCGUAUUCUAUGGAUCGAGUGUUCCGUCUGUUGUGAGGCUGGAUGGAGAGGGUAAGACAACUCUGGUAGGAGAAUGUUAUAUCCAUGGUAUUAUGGAUGGAGAGGCGAUGGGGGCAUCGUACGGAGCCAAGGAGGUGGAGUUUGCACUUCAUUAG